AUGGCGAACCCAAUUUCAAUAGACACACUCCUCGAACCGCCGACGUCGUCAGUGCGCCCCUACCCACACCACUGCACCGACCUCGCGCUUCAAAAAUACCUCCUCCUACACGAGCAGCACGAAUCGCUGCGCCAGCACAUCGACGAGCUGCGGCCGACGACCACGCGCCAAAACUCGUUGUACACGCCCGUCUCGCCGAGCCCGGCCAGCUCCCCGACGCGCCGCUCCCUCUCGCCCGACAUGCCGCGGCGCCAACCACCCCAACACAGCUUCUCGCUGCCCGCGCGCAAGGCCUCCUACCCCAGCAGCCACCACGACUCAGAGCAUCAUCAUCGCUACCACAACCUCGAAGACGGGUCGUCGCCGCUGGCCGAGGUGGCGGUGGAGGAGGCCAAGCUGUGCGGGGUCACCGAGGGCAUGAAGCGGGCGCUGACGGAGCUGCUCAACUGCGAGGCGGUGCGCGGCGACAUGGCAUUCCGCACGUGGGUCCAGUGCCGGCUCAUGGACACGGAGCGGGAGCUCCGGAGCGGCAGGCGGCGCCGGAGCGCCCCAACAUAUCCGUGA